AUGUCAGACUCAAAUUAUGAGAGCAGCAAGAAGAAUUUCUCUGAGGAAGAAUUACAUGAGGAAACUGCGAUUUUGUCAUUGGUUCCAGAGGAACAUGAAAAAGAACAAGUAGAACCAAGUGUUUCUUCAACUUAUGAUGUCAAACCAAAGAGGCCUAGGAAAAAUAAUAAAGGUCAUCUUCCUAAAACAGGUGUACGAUUCAAAGCUCUCUCAAAACGUACAUGUAAAACACCAGGCCUUCCCCUGCCGGCCAUUUUGCCUCCGAUUAAUGAAGUGCGUCGGGACACCUUGCGGGAGUGGUGCCAGCAAUUUAAUUUGAGUACGGAUGGUGAGAAAACUCAGGUUUAUCUGAGGCUCCAGAGACAUGCUUACCAGGAACAAGAACAUGCUAUUCCUGCAACACCACAGGAGGCCAAACUGUGUUCAAGGAAAUGCAAGGCAGUGACCAAGAGAGCAAAGCUUCAGAAAAGUCAUGAGAUGAGUGAAAGAGAGGAAGAGACAAACAUAGUGGAAGUGGUGACUCCAGCUCAGGAAGCCAUGCUGGCAUCGUGGGGAAGAAUUGCUGCGAGGGCCAUUCAGCCCAAGGCUGUGAACUCGCAGCCCAUUCCUGCUUUUGUUGAGGCCUUUUUGCUGCAAGCCUCCGGUGUCAGGUGGUGUGUGGUCCAUGGCAGACUUCUCUCUGCAGAUGCAGAGGGGUGGGUUCGCCUGCAGUUCCAUGCGGGUCAGGUCUGGGUGCCUGACACUCCCAGGACGAUGAUUUCUCUCUUCCUGUUACCAGCCUGCACUUUCCCAUCCCCAGGCCAAGAAGAUAACAUGUUAUGCCCUGAAUGUGCUAAGAGGAAUAAGAAGAUAAUGAAAAGAUUAAUUACUAUGGAGAAGAAGAAGAGGAAAUCUGGUUUAAACACAUUGUAG